AUGGAGGACGUCGACUGGGAAGGUCUCGCGAGGAAGGUCACGGAAAUAAAGCGCAACACAGUUAGUGCACGCUCUCGGGCUGUAUACAAGAACUCAUACGGUCGGUUCAUAGCAUGGAUUGUCAUCAACAGGCCACACCUUGUUUCCCCGGCAUUUGGGGCACGUCUCGGUGAUACAACGGGUCUGUAUAUCAAGCAGAUGCGAAAUCUCCUAAAGCCUCUUCUAGGCUGUGAUGUUACUACCCCUCCUCUUCGGUUUGAGGCUCUACAGACGGACGAGUUUGGAGCGUGGCUAUUGACCCUGGAGAAGCCGGACGGCAGCAGUCUCAGCUACUCCGCGCUAAACACGCACAGAGCGGGUCUCUUCAAUUUGUACCGGGAUUACGGACUGGGAAUCCCGGCUACAAUGGAGAAAGAGUUGCAAACGUACUUUAAAGUAUUGAAGCGAGAGAGGGCAACCGCUGCAGCGCGUGGUGAAGUCCGGACGAAGACAGGCAAGGACCCAUUGUCGUUUGAUCUCUACAGUUUCUUCUGUGGGCAGCUCAUUACGCACUCUUCAAAGGAUAUGAUUUUCGCCCGUACCUAA